GAUUCUUCUGAUGAAAAGGAAAAUGUUGCAGCUGAUCAACCAAAGAGCAGCCGAGCUGACACAGAGAGAAAGAUUCCAUCAUGGAAAAUAACCAUCAAAGAUGUACUGACCAGUCGUGACCUGGGAAAGAAGGCCAUCAAUGGGAAAGUUGUGCAGAAGUCUGCUCUGCGCACAUACCAAACCAAAGACAAGAAGAAAAAGUUGUUCUUUUACCUGGGGAUCAGUGAUGAGACAGCCUGCAUUAAAGUGAUGGUUUACGGAGACGAUCGCUAUGAAGAAUUCCAGAAGCAGAGCUGCUACACAUUCAGAGAUGUAAUCAUGGUAGAAAAUGUCAUGAAAGUUACCAGACUGAGCACAGUGGCAGAUACAAACACCAUUGAUGUCCCAGAGGAGCUGGAGAUGGCAGCUGAAAUGCUCAUUUAUCCCCAGAAACCAGUUUGCAGCAUAGCAGAGGCCAAAGCAUAUGCUGACAAGACAGCAGUGAGCGUAGAAGGAACCGUAACAAAGAUUGGUCCUGUCGAACACGUCAAAGUGAAGAACCAACGCAGAAAGAAAGAAAAGAAAGAAUUCCACCUUAAAGAUGACACCGGUUCCAUCCACAUCACCUUGUGGGGCAAAGACGUCGCUCAAAUCCGAGGAAUAUCAAAUGGAGACUUCGUCAGAGUGACCAACGUGAAGACCAAUCGCUAUAAUGAAACUGUCUCUCUGAACUCAACCAAUUUCACCGAAAUUUGCAAGAAACAAAGCGCGGCCAUCCACAAUGUCACAGCUGAGAUUAUAGGAAUCAUAUCAGCCAGUUUGAUGGAGACUCACCUGGAAGCAAGCAUCAACGACGAGGUGGAGACGUUGGUUGUGGCUUCUAAGCUUCUGGCAAAGGUGUUUGAGGUCAGAUUGGAAGGGGACUUGAAAGAUAGGCUCAUUAAAAAAAUCCCUUUCACAGCAAACGUAGAAAUACAAGGAAGUACAAUUAAUAAAAUCACAGCCAGUAAAGAGAAGUAA